AUGGAUCCCCCAACGACCACCACGCGGCGGAAGACAAAUUAUGAAAAGGGCGAGCAUUAUCUACAAUUAACGCUGGAAACCUUGGACGAGCUUGCCAGCUUGUCGGAGCACAAGUGCCUUUCAGAAAAUCAAAAAGCUUCCUUUGCUGAAGCUUACAGGGAUGGCCGGAUUCUAUCCCAAGAGAUGAUAGAGAUCAGAGACAAACUGUUGACACAAAAGAAAUCUUUUUGCAAGUUUCUUGUUAACCUUUUCAUCCGCCAGUCAAGUACGAAGCAUUUUUACAAAGUCACACAUGAGAAUUAUUCGUCUAUUAGAAGAACUUCGGAUGACCUGAACAGAAUAUUGGUUUCAGAGAUUGAUGCACUCUUAGUGUCAGGAAACCUCAGGGUGUCUGCCCAAGGCAAUGAGGCUGUUAAUAAGGAGAGUCUGCCACGUAAUGUGGUAGAAGACAAUCCUGGUCGGCGUGAAGAUUCUCUCCUAGAUGAAGAGGAUGGUUCAAUCAGGAGUCCGUGUGAUGUAGUAGAAGGCAAUCAUUCAGCCAAAGGUCUUUCUUCAAACAAAGACACCCAAGAUAUACAUCUAGAUGUACAUACAAAACAAGGAGUACAAGAAGCCUUUACGAUAUUGGAUCGACUUGGAAUCAAGUUCGAUGAUGAUGGUGGUGGUGGUUGUGGUGGUUGUGGUGGUUGUGGUGGUGAUGAUGAUGAUGGUAGUGCCACCAUUAUACCUUUGCACUCACAAAGUAGAGCGCCAUCUCCUAGUCCCAGCUUAUUCACAAUCAAUAUCUUUAUCAACCAAAGCAUGGUGUCUUUUGAUUCAGAAUUGACAGGAGCAACAUUGAAUGUCGGGGCGAAUGAACUUGAAGGGGUUGGCUUUGGAUAUCGAUAA